UACUCUACUUAAUGCAAUAAUACAAUUUAUUUAUUUUAAAACAGUAUCUACCCAAGCCAACAUUAUAUUUCAGAUUGUGGUGGAUGUACAUUAAGCCGUUUGGUCCUUGUGACAUUUAAUAAAUUUAAUUUGAAAAUGUAUAAUAAUUGUAAAAAGGUAUCAACUGGCAAAACUAGUUAUGAAAAUAGUCAUAUAUUAUUAUGGGGUGACAUAUGUCAUACUAUUUUUAAAUAAUAGUCAUAUAUUUAGUUGUGGUGGAAAUGACAUUUGUUCAUUACGGGUCAGAAAAAAUGUCAAAAAUGACCAAAUUAUCUUAGCAGCGCGUCCUCUCUUGGACCUUAAAACUAGACAAAUUAGAUAAACUUAUGAGACUGUGGUAAGUGUGAUUUGAACAAGUUUUUUUUAAUAAGUUCACAAGGACAAAAGUGUUCCUAGUUGAAGAAACCCCCAAAUAUGCUAUAAUAACCACAAAAUCAAAUAAGAUAAAGUGAACAAAGUAGGCUACAGCUCAGUAACGCAUCUGUCCCUUGUGCUGGGUACACACAGAGAAUGGCGCAAUGCACAGUUAAACAUACUGCAUACACAUAGUUACACGUACUGUAGCUGACCCACCGAAGGAAGCCUAACAGCAAACAUAUAGUCCUGCCCCUAUCAGUGCACAGUGAAUGAACAAUGGAACUGUUGUGUGGAGAUGUAUAAAUACAGGUACAUACAGUCAACGGGCAGUGAGUCCGGACAGGAUGAGAUCCGCGAUCGUGCUCGUCGGUCUGUUAGCGGGGCUAGCGUGCGGGAGGUGCAAUGGGGAGGAAAAGGAGAGGGGCGUGAUGGAGCACCACCUUGGCUCUCAGCCCAGCCUGUCCUCCGAGCUGUGCAGCCUGAAAGCUCGCGUGGAACGACUGGAAAACGACCUGAAAGCACUCCCUAAGGUGGCAUUCUCUGUGGCCCUUCGAGAGUCAGGCUCUGGGAACAUAGGACCUUUCCAGACUGACACUGUGAUCCAGUACGCAAAGGUUUUUGCCAACAUUGGCAAUUACUAUAACCCCUCUACAGGCAUUUUCACAGCCAUGGUGAAGGGAGUUUACUUCUUCACUUUCACUGCGUUUAACACCCUGGACAUGACUCCCAACACCAAUGUGGUCUUGAUGAAGAACGGAGAGAGAACCGUCUCCAUCUGGGACAAAUCAGGGCAGGACGCCAACGACAAUGCCAGCAACGCUGUGGUCCUCCAGCUUGAAGUGGGAGACAGUGUGUUCGUCCACCUCAAGGCAAACACCCGCGUUUAUGAUGACAUGGGAUACUACAACUCCUUCAGCGGCUUCUUGCUUUUUGCAGUCUGACAUGCUUUGAGAAAUAAAAUGAAAAGUCAAAAAAUGAAUAUAUUAAGUCAAAUGUCAGUGUUCCCACUGCUUGAUCCAGCUUUGGAAGUUUAAUGCAGAUGACAGGAUUAAUAAAGAAGUGUAUAUCAAUAUAUA